CACUGCUUCCUCAUACUUCUCUUCCUGCUUGCAUCCUUGCUCACUCAACCUUUUUGGCUUUAACAGCCGUCCCUCCUUGUCUUUCUCUGGGACUAUUGACUUGUGAACUCUGAAACUACGCUCGUUCUAAUAGCCUCUCCCACGAUGUCUGUAGCGAGUGGUUCGGACGUGGCCUCCCAACUUGAAGUCGCCAGCGACAUGGAAGUUCCAAAGUCCCCCGUGUACGGCAACGACUCCCAGCAUUCGUUACGCUCCCGUUCCAAGCGUUCACUUCAUGUUCAUCAUCCCAUCGCCCCACCUCUCGGUCGUCCUAUCGACGUAUUCCGGCGAACAGUGCAGAAAGUCAUCGCCAUGCAGAGGAGUACCACCAUUCUCGCGUCAGCAGGAGCCGGGGCAGAGCCAGGAAUAGACCCCAGACGUGCUUCCAUGGAAGUACAAUACCGUUCUGUGCACAAAGACUGUACCAUUGAGGUUGUGGACUACUCCGUUGUCUCUGCCAAUUUCUACAAGAUGAAGAAUGCGGAAUUCGUUGACUGGAUCGGUCGGUCGAAACGGCCUCAUUGGGUCAAAGUUCGAUGGAUCCAUGUAUCAGGCCUGAGCUGGGACGUUAUCAAGGCCUUGUCGCUCAAGCAUGAGCUGCAUCCCUUGGCCCUUGAAGACGUUCUCCAUACUCGCCCCGAGAAUUUGUCGAAAGCCGAGUACUUUCUCAAGCAUUUGUUCCUUCGAAUUCUCAUUCACGAGGUGGAAGACGAAAAUACCAAGCGGCCUGAUGAAUUCACUUCUGAUCUUUCAGCCCCGUACUCGAAAAAUGCGGUCAAUGAGCGGCAAAUCGAACAGGCCAAGAUUGAUGCUCUCAAGCAGGGUACUGUGAUAUCGAUCGCACAAAACUCUCCUGCAGAUCUCACCCUUCCCAUCGUGGAACGGCUGAGAAGAACGGAUACUAUCCUCCGUUCUUCCUCUGACCCGAGCUUGCUCGUGCAGAGCCUGAUCAGUCUCAUCGUGGACAAGGCUGUGCAGGUCAUCGACGCGUACCAUGACCAAAUCUCAGAGUUGGAACGCCAAAUUCUGAUCAAGCCGAAACCUAACACCGUGCGAAAACUCCACAUCGUAUCUGGAGAUUUGGUGCUUCACAAACGAACUCUGGACCCCAUUAAGACGCUCGUCUAUGGCUUACGACGAUACGAUGUUGACCGUUGUGCUGCUCUUGUCGACGAAUCGGAUCCACGCAUGAAGGGCAAACCGAUCGUCGGCUUCAUGAGCCACAAGAGCAAGAUUUAUCUGGCUGAUGUCUACGACCACACGGAAUACAUCCUCAGCACCCUCGAUAUGAUUUCUGGCAUCGGAGACAGUCUCACCGACUACAGCUUCAACAUGGCCUCGUACUCCAUGAACGACAGCAUGCGACUGCUGACAAUGAUCACCAUCAUCUGUCUUCCCCUCACCUUUGUUUCAGGCUACUUCGGAAUGAACUUCACCAACAGUGGUUGGAUCUUGAAUCCAAAUCAGUCCGACUCUCUGUGGGUUCUCUCCGGUCAUGUUUAUCCUUGGCUUAUCCUCGGAAGGUUCUGGAUUAUCUCCCUGCCUUCAGUGGCAGUCAUAUCCACUCUGUUCAUCAUUCCAGACAUCAAGAGGAUGAUUGGGUAUUUCAGAACUCGGAAGCUGCUUCACCUCGCUGCCAGGCCUAUUGACUGAGGGACUGACCUGGUCACGAUUAACUGUGCUGUGAUCUUCGGGUGGACGGUGGAUGGAAAGGCUUAUAUAUAUAUUCUACAUUUCACGUGGCUUACAUGCUUCCGAGAUUAACCCGCCUCCAGCCAUGUGCUGGGCGUUCGAAGAUGAUAUUUAAUUUGAGUGCCAACCUACUGAUCAAGGCCUUGUUCGCUCCCUCUGACCUUGACCAUGGAUGAAUCCCGUUCUUUUUUGGCUGCCGACAUUACGACGCUGAUCCAGCGAUUGACGAUCGAUGAAAAGAUCGCUUUGUUGGGGGCACCAAACUUUUGGAAUACGACAGCUGUUCCUCGCUUGGGUAUACCGAGCAUUCGAAUGUCCGAUGGUCCAAAUGGGGUUCGCGGAUCGUCUCAUUUCGUUGGGCAGCCCAGUGUUUGUCUGCCAUGUGCCACGGGCUUGGCCUCUACAUUCGAUGUCCCGCUGAUCCACGAUGUCGGCCGCUUUCUUGGUGAAGAAGCCAAGUCCAAGUCGUCCGUAGUCUUGCUUGCGCCGACUUGCAAUAUCCAGCGGUCACCGCUUGGAGGCAGAUCGUUCGAGUCGUUUUCAGAGGACCCUUACUUGUCAGGAACGUUGGCGGCAUCAUAUGUGAAUGGUCUGCAGUCGGGAGGUGUCUCAGCCAGUCAGUCACGGGAUGUCUCUGAUCAUGCACCUGCGGUCGCUGAGGCUGCGUAGCCAUCAAGCACUUCGUGGCCAAUGACCAAGAACAUGAGCGCACCGCAGCCGAUUCCGUCAUCUCUGAGAGAGCGCUCCGUGAAAUCUACCUCUAUCCAUUUAUGCUCGCACAGAAGUUGGCAGGGCCAGCAGGAGCUUACAUGACAUCAUACGGGCGGAUUGAUGGGGUACAUUGCUCCGAAAACAGGGCGCUAUUGCAAGGGAUACUCCGAAACGAAUGGGGGUUCCGUGGCUUGGUCAUUAGUGAUUGGUAUGGAACAUACGGUGUUGACGAAGCCCUCAAUGCGGGCUUGGACCUGGAGAUGCCUGGGCCUCCCCGAUGGAGGACACCGCUUCUUACGAACCAUGUCUUGACUGCACAGAAGCUUUCCCUGACCACCCUCAACGCCCGAGUGGCCAACUUGCUGUCGUUUGUCCAGGCACAGGCUCGCAGCAACCCGGACGUCGUGUAUGGAGACGGGGCAGAGCUGACAAGAGACUCACCGGAAGGGAGAGCAUUUUGCAGGAAACUCGCUGCCGAUGCGGUCGUGCUAUUGAAAAAUGAUGGUGAUCUUUUGCCGCUCUCUUCCAGCAAGAUCAAGAGCCUAGCGAUCAUGGGUCCGAAUGCCAAGCUACAGAUCAUCUCGGGUGGCGGUUCUGCAGCGUUGAAGCCCAAUUACGCAAUCUCCCCGUUCGCAGGUCUGGUCAGUGCUGCGCCCGACGAGGUUCAGAUCAAAUACACGGUGGGAUCCCAAGCUGACAAAUACUUGCCUACUCUCGAGCAAAAGUUGAUCGCGCCGUCUGGUCAGCAGGGGUGGCUUUGCACAUUCUAUAACCAUGCUCUCGAUGGGAGUCUGGCCCAGCCCGUCGCUACAUUCGUCUUGAACGACACACGCGUCAAAUUGGUCGACUUUCUGCCACCUGGAUUGACACCUACAUGGUCAAUCAAAUUAGAAGGACGAUUGACUGUGGAAGAGAGCGGUCCUUUUGAAUUGGGGCUCACUGUUGCCGGCCGGGCCAAACUUUGGGUGAACGGGGAAAUGACCAUCGACAACUGGACGAAACAAACGCCAGGAGACUUCUUUUAUGGACAGGGAAGUGUCGAGGAGCGAGAGAUUGUUCAGCUGACCGCGAAUGCUGGGGUGGACAUUCUCGUCGAAUACACCAACACGUCUCCUCCUCGGGAGAACGACGAGGUUGGAUCGCAGCCUGCUUUGAUGCGCGGUGUCCGCUUGGGAGGCCGGGAGAAGAUCGAUGAAGACGCUGCGAUCGCUGAGGCAAUCACUUUGGCAGAGGAAUGCGAUGCUGUGGUCGUCGUCGCAGGUCUGACACCGGAGUGGGAGAGCGAAGGAUUCGAUAGACCGUCUCUGACGUUGCCUGGAAGGCAAGACGAGCUUAUUGCGAAAGUAUCCCUGGUCAACAAAAAUACCAUUGUGUGCAUACAAGCUGGUUCUGCCACUUCGAUGCCGUGGGUUGGUGACGUCCGCGCGAUUGUUCAGGCCUGGUAUCUUGGCAAUGAAGCAGGCAAUGCAAUCGCAGAUGUGCUCUGGGGCAAAGUAAAUCCAUCAGGCAAGCUGCCGAUCACGUUCCCUGUCAAAGAGCAAGACAGCCCAGCGUAUCUCAACACUAAAAGUGAAAACGGAAAAAUCUAUUAUCGCGAAGACUUGUUCGUCGGCUACAAGCACUAUCGGGCCAGAGCAGUGGAACCCCUGUUUCCUUUUGGAGCUGGCUUGUCGUAUACCACUUUCUCCUUGUCCCAUCUCGCUAUUUCGCCGAUCAGACAGAGAAGAAACGAAAUCGAAUUCAAUGUUUCUGUGACGGUGACCAACACCGGACUCACGCCCGGAUCGCAGGUCGCGAUGGUCUUUAUUAGCUACCCUGAUAUCGGGCUGGUUACUCCAGAGUACCAACUGAAAGGGUUUGCCAAGGCCAAACAUCUGCAAGCCGGAGCAUCACAAAGACUGGACAUCCUGCUCGACCGCUACGCGCUUGCCUUCUGGGACACAUUGACUCAUUCGUGGAGCGUGAAACCGGGCAGAUACACCAUUUCUGUGGGCACCUCGGCGGUCGACUUGGAGUUGCAGGACGCGUUGGACCUCCAGAGUGGUUGUUCAUGGCAGGAAUUGUAGUACAAAUCACAGCUGUUCUUCUCCCACCUUCCAUAUCGACAAACCGCCUCCUCCUCCAAUCGCCACGAUGCCGCCCGUUUUCCAACUGACAUCUAAGAUCUUCUUGUCCUCCCAAGCCUUGAAACUUGCAACUGGUGUUGCCCCCUUGACACUGCGGAGAUCCCAUAUGCGCGCAACGCCGUCGUAAGCUCCGCUUAGGACUUGGUGCGGAUGGCUGGGUGCCGACACGACGCAUGAAGGAGUGGUCGGAUGCGUCAGAGUCAGAGACGCGAUGGAUUGCGUCUCUCGACAAUCGUACUGGGUUAUCGUUCGAUCGGUCGACGCCGCGAGCACAGUUCUGGGGGAAAACGCAGGCCCAGAGCACAUGGACACAAAUGGGCGUUCCGACAAAGUCUGCAGCAUGUUUAACUACCAAUCAGUGGCAAGAAGCAUAGUUCUCACCAGUGUAUUCGUUGAGACUCCGUGCUCGAGAUCCCAAGAUCGCACAGUCGAAUCCAAUCCGCAACUGAUGGCGCCUUCGCCUUCUGACGCGAAAAUAACGGCAGAGACCCGGGCAGUAUGUGAUUUCAGCACCAUCAGCGGGGCCUUGCGCUUGGGCCUCUCCUCUUGCACCUUUCUCCUUUUCUUGCGAUCGCCAGUAGCAGCUUCGGGAACCUCGUCCUCGUCUGGAAUUCGAGUAUCCCAUAGACCGACGAGGCUGUCCCAAGACGCUGUCAGCAGCUGUGUUCCAGAUAGAUUACAAGUGAUCGCUGAAAGAGGUGCCGUGUGGAGAUGUAAGGAUGCUAAGCGUUUGGUGUUCUCUGGUGUGCCGAAAGAAACUUCGUUUAGUUGAGCAGUGAGGUCAUGCGAAGCAGUAGCAAUUAUGUGACUUCCGGAGGAGGUCGAGGAAACAGCGCAGAAGGCUGUGAUUGGUGCAGCAUGAACUGGGCUGCUCCAUGUUUGCGUCUGAGAAUAGUCGAAUGCGCGCAGACUGCCAUCGUAGGACGCGGUUACAAACAGCCUGUGUGAGAGCACUGAGAUGGAGACCGUUGAUGUUGAACACGUACGCACUGCUCAAAUCGACAAGAGACGGAAGACACCCAAUCAUCAUGGGGCAGGUCAGAUAUUUUCUGCGGUGGUAAAACAGAUUCUAUAUACUCGAUCUCCAGUGUUUCUUCCUCUCCGACUCCAUUCUGAGAGCACCAGUCACUUAACCUCGUUUUCAAGAUAUCACCGUGCAGUAGAAAGUCGAAGGGAAUCGGUUGCGCUAACGCGAGAGCCUUGUUGAUGAGUUGAGACAACUGGUAGCGAGACCAUGUUGAAGGAAUCAUAAACUUUUGUGGUGGAAGUGGAUAAGGUGUCUGUGUAGUGAAUACGGCAGGGUGAGAGGGGGCCAUGGUCGCACCCAGAUGGAAUCGAG